CGCCCCACUCCGGUCUCGAGCGGUGCGCGCGGCGGGCGGACAUUCCGUGUUGGUACAGGACGCGGAGCAGGCGAGGGGGUCUGCUGCCAUGUCCCGGCCCCUGGCUCUGUUGGUGUUGCGCCGCUCCCUGCUGGGAAGCAGCGGCGCGGCUCUCUCCGCCGUGUCGGCACCUCAACACCGUAGCGCAUUUUCCGCUUUAGGAGGCGCCGCCGCCUUCCGUUGCUUCUCCGGCACGACCCCACGGGCCAGUAGUUUGCGCAGGAGGUUCCUGGUCGGCACCGCUGCACUUGUCGGGGCGACGGUCGCCGGCUUUGGGCUCAAUCGCAACCGGGCUCUGAUGGCUUCCAAAAGCCCGCCCAACAGAGACCAGCAAGCGCUGAAUGAAAUGUUGCAGAAAUGCAGUCACUUCAUGUCUGAUCCGGUGACCGACAUCAACAAACUGCUGGAAAACAAGGAUGAAAUUAGGACUCGGAUGGAAUUGAUAAUCAUGGAGGUACAGGCUGAUGUUUGCAAAGCCUUGGCUGAGAUUGAGGGUGGUCAGGCUUUCAAAGUAGACCGAUGGCACCGCGAAGAAGGUGGUGGUGGUAUAAGCUGUGUGCUUCAAGAUGGGAAGGUCUUUGAGAAAGCCGGGGUCAAUGUUUCUGUGGUAUAUGGCAAUCUUUCAGAAGAAGCUGCAAAGCAGAUGAGGAGCAGAGGAAAAGAACUAAAGCCAAAAGAUGGAAAGCUGCCCUUUUGUGCCAUGGGAGUGAGCUCUGUGAUCCAUCCCAAGAAUCCUCACAUUCCAACAAUCCAUUUCAACUACCGAUAUUUUGAAAUUCAAGAAGGAGAUGGUCAAAAAACAUGGUGGUUUGGGGGAGGAACAGACCUUACCCCUACCUACCUGAAUAAAGAUGACGCUAUGCAUUUCCACAAAACUCUGAAGGAGGCCUGUGACAAACAUGAUAAAAGUUAUUAUCCAGCUUUUAAAAAAUGGUGUGAUAAUUAUUUUUUCAUCAAGCAUCGUGGAGAGCGGAGGGGAGUAGGUGGCAUAUUUUUUGACGACCUGGAUUCUCCUUCAGCAGAUGAGUUGUUGAAAUUUGUACGUAGCUGUGCUCAGGCAGUGGUUCCCUGCUAUAUUCCCAUUGUGAAGAAGCACCUCUAUGACUCUUUUACGCCAGAGGAGAAAGCAUGGCAGCAACUCCGCAGGGGCAGAUAUGUAGAAUUCAACCUGAUUUAUGACAGAGGAACAAAAUUUGGGCUGGCAACUCCAGGAUCCAGGAUUGAAAGCAUUUUGAUGUCCCUUCCACUGACUGCUAGAUGGGAAUAUAUGCAUAAUCCUGCCAAGGGUACCAAAGAGGCAGAAAUACUGGAGAUAUUGAAGAAUCCCAAAGACUGGGCUCAUUAAUGUGGAUAAACAAGAGUAAACAAGAAGGCUGAAGACUGAGCUUGUCUUUCUUUUGUUACGUUGUUUUGUAAAAUAUAAACAUAAUGGCUAUUGCUUUUCUCACCCAAAGACAAAAUGCUGCAAUGAUUUGUAGAAGGAAUGAGUUAUUUAUAAACUUUCAAUCCACUAGGUAUACAUACAGAAUGUAUUGCCUUUGUCAAUUCUACACCCUCCAAGAUUGGAGAUGGAGUGAAAGAUAAGAUUGAUUUGAUGUCAAAGUUUCAAUGUACUUGAUGCUGCAUUAAGAUAAUUGAGAAACAAAAGCCAUAUCUCAUUGUUGGUCUGAGCAAGGUAGAAGUUUUGUCUUAAUUUAAAAUGAAAUGUGCAGCCUUUCAAAACUUGUUAUAUAUAUUUCAAUCUUGUGCACUUUUUAUGAAACAGGUCAAAUGUAUUAUAAAACAAUGGAAUGUGACCACUUUUAAUGUGAUGUUAAUCUUCGAUGGUUAAUGGGAUAUAAUAAUCUCUUUUCCAAAGUUGAUUCUGCUAGUUUGUAGUUUUAAAAAAGCAUUUAGAAAAAGAUCAGGUGCAGAAGUAUUUAUUGUAAAUAUAAGAUAGAGCUUCAAAGUUUUUAUAUGUUGGAAUUGAUGAAAGGACAAAAUUUAUCUGGGAGGAAAAGCUUUACAACAGAUAACAUCCAAAUCAUUUUUCUAUCCCCAUGUACCGAUUUUUUUUUCUAGUUCUGUAAUUUUUCAGAACUGUUGAUAUUCCCUUCUGGUGUUGGGAUUUUUAAAUGGUAUAUCUAUUAAAAUAAAGUUUAUAAAGAAUAAUAAUUGUUUCAGUAUUUGAGAUUAAUAUUGCAAUUUGAUAUUCAAUUGCACUUUAUGCUCUGAUUUCAAUAAAGAGCCACUCUGGUUUCCUGUAAUUUGUCUUUCAUGAGUCUUAGAAAUUUUCUGAGAUCCUUUAAUUGGAUUCAAGGCUCUUUCUACUAUUUUUGAUUUUUCUUCCAGUGAAUGUAGGAAGAUGGCUUUUUAUUUGGAGUGAGAAAAUAGAAGCAGGACUCAGAUUCCAGGUCUAUCAAACCUGCCCAGCACUCCUUUAAGAUCAUAGCUGGCCUCAACUCUUGUCAGUUCCUCAUUGGUCUCAAAUUCUCCAUCUCAAAUAUUUACCUACCAUGAGUUACAUCCCUCUAGUCUGAAAAUGACUCAUUUCUUCCAUCUCUUCUAUGUGACAGCCAGUUUUAAUCCACACUAACACACUUCCUUCAGUACCUUAGCUUCUUAAUUAAUGCACCAGAUCCUUGUGACAACUUGUUAAAUACCUUUUGGAAAUUUAAAUACACUACAUCUACAGAAUCCCCUCCAUGAAUUCAACUGCCACAUUCUCAAAGAAUUCAAGCAAAUUUGUCAAAUUAGUAUUUACCUUCCUUAAAUGAUUAGUUGCGUCUGCGUUGGUCAUUGAUUCUUGCAUCUUACCAACAAUCGAUGUUAAACUAUUGAUGAUUUUCUGUCUUACUUUUGAACAAGGGAUUGCACCGGUUGUUUCCAAUUUCCUGAUCUUCCAACCCCCCCCCCCCCCCGUCAGGAAAAAAUGUGAAAUGCAUUACUUUUCCUUCCUUUGCUCCAUUUCUGAUUUUAAAUCUGCUAGUUUUGAAAGCAGAGCAGUCUGAGCUUUAAUUAGCAAACAUAAAUUAGGAUUCUAUAACUUGUAUGGCAGCGUAAGAGAAUUUGAAUAUUACCCUGACCAUAGCUUUCAUUACUGCUAUGUCAGAUUGGGUAGUUGGUCAGGCUCAUAAAGCUAUGUUCCUAAUGUUUUUUUUAAAAAAAUUGGGGAGCAGGAGUACCCAGCAAAUUUCUAGUUCUAAGAGAUGCUUUGGGCUGUCUAGUCUGCCUUGACCUCUUGGCUUGAUGCCUCUUUCUAUCAGAAAUCAACUGAGGGAAUUUAAAUAAAGUUGAGCAUUUAAAAUAGGCCAGGUUCACAAUUUAUUCCAUGAAAAUGCUGUAUGAUCCCAAAAGCAACCUCCCCUUCAGAAUUAGAUUACGUUCUGUCAUCAUUGAUAUACCGUACAUUGUGAAAUGUGUUGUUUGUACUGCAGCAGCACAGUGCAGGACAAAAGUUAUGUUACAAAAAAUGAAUAGUGCAAAAGACAAAUAAUGAGGGAGUGUCCAUGCUCUGCUCAGAAAUCUGAUGUCAGAGGAGAAGCAGCUGUUCCAGAAUAAUGUCUUCAGGCACGAGAUGGAUGAAAUGAGAAGAAGGCAUGUUCCAGAUGAUGGAGACCCUUCAUGUUGGAUGCUGCAUUCUUGAGGCAUCAUCUUGAAGGUGUGUUUAGUGACUGGGAGGGUUGUGCCCAUGAAGGAACUAUCUGAGUCUACAACCUUUGGCAGCUUCUUUUGAUCCUGUAAUGAAACCAGUCAGAAUGAUCUCCACUGUACAUCUGUAGAAAUUUGCUGAGAUGCUACAUGUCCUCAAGCUCCUAAUGAUGUAGAGCAGUAGGUAUGCUGCCUUCAUGAUCGCAUCAAUGUGUUGGGCCCAGGAUAGAUCCUCAGAGAUAUGGACAAACAAGAAACUUGAAGCUGCUCAUCCUCCCCACUGCUGCGCCUUCAAUGAGGACUAGUUUGUCAUUUCCUGACUUCCUCUUUCUGAAGUCCAGUUAUUUCCUUGCUCUUGCUGGCAUUGAGUGUGAGAUUUGUUGUUGCAAUAUCACUCAACCAACUGAGCUGUCUCGCUCCUGUAUGCUGUCUGAUAUUUUGCCAACAACCUGGACUCAAAUAUGAAGAAGGAAAAGAAAGCCCUUAACUCCGAGUGGAGUCAUCGGGACACCAUCAUGAUGGCGUUUUUUUUAGCAGGCUUCCUUAUUUUUACGAGGCCGAGUUGCUAGAUCGACGGUCAACCCAGCACAGAUGGAAAGCAUGCAAGGGAGCCGGCUGGAUGUACUCAAAUAUAAUAAGCCACAAGUUAUUGUCCAUGGACUGCUUCCCUCUGCUGGUUUUUAAUUGCAUAUUAUGUUAAGCGAUGUCCUGUAGCAAAGUACCUGUACUUUGUAACAUCAGCAGACUAUUCUCAAAUUAUGUAGCCACAAAUAUAUUGUAAUAUUCUCUGGUUUUUGAUUCUGAACUUUGAUUCAUUGUGUUUUAUACAAAUUAGUGGCAAAAAAUUAGCAUAAUGCUCUAUUAUUUGCAACAUAUAAUAAAAGGCUGGA